AUUUGAUGUAGAGUGAGUAACACUGAAGUCUAAUGAGAGAGGAGGGAGAGAUGUGCACGUGCAAUUGCAUGUCUGCCCCCUCGCCGCUCUACUUUUCCAAUUUACAAACUGAAACAAAAGCCAAGCAACGAAAGAAAAACCCUCCACUUUUUGCAGUUUUUUGCUUCAUAGGGUAUUCAAAUCUUGCUUAAAUAUGUUAUCUUUCUUCAGAAUUCAUUUUCUCUAAGGAUUUAGUUCUUAAUUGGUGUUUGUCUAAUCAAUGGUGGAGCUUCACUCUUGUGCUCCUCGGUAAAUUCUUCUGCACUGUGCGCUAUAGAGGAAGGAAUGAAAGGUGAGAGCGUCAAUAUCGUUGCAGAGAUUUCGGCCGAACUCGAGAGGGAACGGCAGAAGAAUGCAGAACUCAUGGGGAGGAUACUAAUUCUUGAAGCUCAAUUACAAGAACGAGAGAAGAAGGAGCCUCCACAUCGAGCAGACGGACAAGACCGUUCUUCCAAUGCAAUGACAAGAAACUUAAAGAAGUUCAAGCGACGGAAGACAGAACUCGACAACAAUGGAAUCGAAGAUGGAAAUGUUAUCCCAACCGUAAUGGCUUUGCAGAAGAAGCACCACAAGCAAUGCUUGGCCCUUAAAGAUCGAAUUCUGGAAGACCGUCUAGUCAACUGGAUGAGCAUGGAGGAAACUCAGUUUUUGCAUUUAGGAAAAGUUAAAGAUGGCGGAGAUUCAGCAGACUGCGGUGUCACUGAUGAUAGCGAUGACGAAGAUGAUGAUUACCGGGAAGAGGAUUAUGUUAAUAAUGCCUGUAAAGAAGGGGAAGUUGCUGAUGAUGUUUCAAGAAUUGUUAGUGAACCGAAAUGUGAAGUUGUUGAUAAGGGAUUGGAUGCGCAAUGUGAAAUAGUUUUUGCAGGUGGGAACGAGCCAGUGAUUCCAAAUGCGAACCAAGAAACGAAUGAACCACCCGAUACAGGACCAGUUUGUGAUGAGAUGCAACUUCACACCGGAAACAAUAAGGAACCUAGUGAUUUUGGAAGUGGCAAGGUGCCAUCUGAUACCCUUAAUUUCUCAGAGUUUUCCAUGCAGGAUCAACAAGCACAUCGCAACAGAAAAAACCUCCGAAGGUGGCAUUCUGCCCGAAAGAAGUGAAGAGAAUAAUUGAUUCAGAAGCCCUGCUGCAGAAAAAUGCUCAAUCCCACACAAUGAGGAAGAUCAUAGUUUUCGCAUCACUCGGAAUAAGGCACGGCUGUGAAGAUAUAUACGAAUUAGACUUCAAUCAUUUCAGCAUUUUAAGGAAGGGAGAACCAUUCGUGUCUUCGAAAGAUCCUGGGGAGCAUGUUCUGUAUGAGAAUCCCGGUGUUCGGAGGAAAGUAUUUUACCCGAACCAACAGAACCCGACAUUAUGUCCUGUUAAAAUACUCGAAGAAGAGAAGGCUAUGCGACCAUCGGAUUCUAGCUGCCCAUCAUGGCUAUUUCUCUGCAUAAAGUAUGGCGGAAGAACACGAAAUCUUCCCCAAAAUGAAUAUGUCAGGCAGCGUAUGGGAAGAAACAAGCUGAAGUCUUUCGGGCCACUAAUGUGUCGAAUGGCAAUGCUCGUUCAUGUUCGCAGUGGGAGCUUCUUCUUCAAGACCUUGGGCAUCACUCUUCUUUUCAUGGCUGGUUUUCCUGAUGAUCUGGUUCAACGAGAAACUAAAUACCGGAACUUAGACUUGCUUCAGAAGUAUUAUAGGACGGAUGAGGAUGCUGAAGAGGAGGAAUUAUUUCUUCCACAUCCUAUGACUAGUGAUACUCAGGCUAGUCCCAGUUCUCAGCAGUUCUGUGGCAAGUCUGGUUCAACAAAAACAAAGGCGAAAAAACAAACUCACCCAAAUAGCAAGCCUAACAUACAGAGAUCGUCAUUCCCACAGACUGCACUUUUGAGUUCUGCACCUCCUACACAAUUUGGAGGUCAUCAGACCUCUAUUCUUCACGCUCAAGCAAUGGCAACAUUCCUGUCUCAGACGCCAUUAGAUGCUCAACCAAUCCCAAACAGUGCAAUCGCGAAUGCUGGUACGAGUAUCUCCUACUCUGGUCAAACCCCGUAUCACAUUUUUCCACCACAACCAGCAAACACCUUUAUGCCUAUGGUAUAUUGGCCUCCCCCAAACACAUUUUCUCCGGGACCUUAUCAAUCUACAUAUGGGUACCAAUCUUUCCCUUCUACCGGAAACUACUUCGUCCAUCCACAGCCCUAUUACAACCACCCGGCUUGCAGUCCAUUGAUCCCUAAAAUGGUGGAAGCAGCAGGAAAAAAUGGCGUGGCCUCGGCGGAAGCUGAUAGUGGCUACGAUUGCAGUUCAAGCAGUACUGAACCAAAGAAGAAUUAGCAUAUCUGUCUUCCUUGUAAAUUACCAUAGCUUGAGCUACCUUAUUCUUAAUAAAAGACAGAUGCAAAGUGAUGCAUUUUUGGUCCUCUGCUUCGCAUCAUCCGCUAUGUAAUUUUCAAAAUUCGUGACGUUCAAUUUAGCUUCUGCUAAGUUCACAGUGGAGAUAGUACAUAGCACACUUCACUUUAGUCAUUGCAUCUGCAACGCCUUUUGCAUCGCGGUAAGGUAGAGGUUUUGUUCAAUUCCUCUAUCUUGUCCUCAAUACAAGAAAAUAAGCCUCA